AUGACUGAUUCCAAAUACGCUCAGUCCACUGCCGCAUUUCUCCCUUACAAGUCCGACGCCGACCCUCGAGCCAAAUUCCUUUCAAUCGAUCAAUAUGGUCCCUAUGAGAGACUGGGUGGUCCGGCAGAUGAUGAUGAUUUCAUUCAUGAGCCGGGCCAGCGCAACCUCGAAGUUGGGGGGUUUUCGUGGCGGGGAUUGAUCAACAUUGCAAUGAUCAUUUUGUUGCUUAUUGCCCUUCUUACCUUGUUCGCUGUCUACCCAAUCGUAAUGGAUUUUACGAUGAAGCGGCCAUGGGAAAGCUUUCAUUUCAACGGGACAGGCCAGAUCCCUGCUCUGACGUUGCUCCCAAGCGCAAUUGACCCUGUUACUCCGAAGGACGUUUAUACUCGCAUUGGUGUCGACGGACAGGAGUAUGAGCUGGUCUUUUCGGAUGAGUUUGAGACGCCUGGGCGUUCAUUCUACCCUGGAGAUGACCCCUUUUGGGAGGCGGUCGAUCUUUGGGCAAGUCAUGGGUUCAUGCUCCCACAGUACUGGGCCACUGGAGAUCUGGAGUGGUACGAUCCAGGCCAAGUGACAACACGAGACGGUGCCCUUGUUAUCGUUAUUGAGGAUCAGGAGUCCCACGGAAGGAUAUUCAAGUCCGGAAUGAUUCAAAGUUGGAAUAAAUUCUGUUUCACCACCGGGUAUAUGGAAGUUAGCGUCAUCUUUCCUGGAGCUCCGGAUGUGUCUGGAUAUUGGCCUGGUGUCUGGAUGAUGGGCAACCUUGGAAGACCAGGGUACGGAGCAACCGCAGAUGGUCUCUGGCCGUAUUCUUACGACACUUGCGAUGUUGGUACCCUUCCCAACCAAACUCUAAAUGGAGAACCAGCCAUUGCGGCCACAGCAGGUGGCAACAAGAAAUACAACUAUAACCUCUCUUGGCAGCCUGGCCAACGCCUCUCUGCAUGCACAUGUCCUGGGGAAGAUCACCCCGGUCCUGUCAAUACUAAAGGGCGGGCGGCCCCUGAAAUUGACAUUUUUGAGGCUCAGAAGAACAAGGAGGGUUAUGGUGGCCGUGUCACGCAAUCCGUUCAGUUGGCACCCUUCAACAAUCUCUACUAUUUCCCCAACACUUCCGCGGAUGUUACAAUCUACAACCCCCAGCGUACAAAGUUGAAUACUUAUCGGUAUGUCCAACAGGCUAUCUCUGCUCUGACGGAUUUGAAUGACACAGCCUUUGAACUAGGUGGAGCACAGUUCACUAAGUUUGGGGUGGAGUUCUGGUCGGAUCCGAACAACCGCCAGGAUGGACACAUCGCCUGGAUCGCAGAUCAACCUGUGUUCGCAAUCGACGCACACACAUUUAGCGCAGAUCCAACAGUGAACAUCUCAGAUCGUAUCAUUCCGGAAGAGCCGAUGGCAAUGGUUCUUAACUUGGCCGUCUCAGAGUCGUUCCAGAAGGUUGAUGUGGCUGCGAUGACAUUUCCUGCUGAGAUGAAAGUCGACUACGUGCGAGUUUGGCAGCGUAAAGGAUUGAAGGACUCGGUGACUUGUGAUCCUCCAAACUAUCCGACAGCGAAGUACAUCAACGAUCACAUAAAUGUGUACACGAACCCCAACCUAACGCUAUGGAGUGAAACUGGUUACAGUAAACCGAAAAAUCGGCUGGUGCGCUUGUGUUCCCUUCGACUUCGCAAUUUCAGUUCUCAUUUGUCCCCAAGGUUGACCAAUGCUGAGGUCGCGCUGGCGCGUGCUUUCACAUCCAUGUUCCCACUUUUCUAAUUUCGCAGGGAGUUCCGAGCUUGCACCUGCCGUCCAUGUUUUCUCAACUCCAACUCCUUCCACACUUGUUUACAUCACCCAUUAUGACAUGCCUACGUUACACUCUAUUCCGUCUGCUUAAUUUUGGCGUAAACGUUCCACUUUCAAUUUGUACGCUUCUAAUAGGCAUGUACGCUCAUUCUCUACCGCACAAUAUAUCAAAUCUUGGAGGCCUGAAAGUUCCGAUCGACCUGGAAGAUCACGCAGGAAUUAUUAUGUCGCAGUGAUCGAGGGGUCUGUGG